AUCCCCAGCCACACGAGAGAGAGAGAGAGAGAGAGAGAGAGAGAGAAUGGAGAGGGAAAUUCAUAUCCUUGUAAUUCCUUACCCCGCACAAGGACACAUAAACCCAAUGCUCCAAUUCUCCAAGCGCCUCGCCUCAAAGGGUCCCCGAGUGACAGUAAUCACAACCACCUCCAUGAGCACGUCCAUGGCAGCCAUGCAAGAGAGCUCUGCAGUGAACUUUGAGACCAUCUCCGAUGGCGAUGGGUCUAACGAAGUAGGCGUAAAUUUGGCAAGCAUAGUUGAAGAGCUCGAGCGUUUCAAAUUAGUUGUCACGAAAAGCUUAGCAGAGCUGAUUGAGAGACAAAAGAGCUCCCAACACCCACCAAAACUUGUCAUUUAUGACUCAGUCAUGCCAUGGGCUCUAAACGUAGUCAGGCAACUUGGCGUAGAUGGAGCUCCUUUUUUCACUCAGUCUUGUGCGGUUAAUGCAAUCUAUCAUCAUGCGCAUCAAGGAAGUAUACAAAUGCCCUUACAAACUCCUUCUUCAGUACUGUCCUUACCCUCCAUGCCAUCACUAGGGAUUAAUGAUGUGCCCUCGUUUUUCAUUGAUACGGCCUCCUAUCCUGCUCUGCUAAAAGGCUUAGUCAAUCAAUUCUCAAAUUUCCAGGAACCGAAUUGGAUCUUCUUCAACACUUUCGACAACUUGGAACCCGAGGUAGUGAAUUGGAUCGCAAGCCGAUGGCCAGUAAAAACAGUUGGACCGACUAUUCCAUCAAUGUUCUUAGACAAGCGGUUAGAGGAUGAUAAAGAGUAUGGUCUCAACCUCUUCAAGCCUAAUGUGGAUGCUUGCAUGAAGUGGCUAGACACGAAGGAAAUUGGGUCAGUCGUUUAUGCAUCAUUUGGAAGCUUGGCAGCCCUGGGAGAAGAGCAGAUGGCGGAGGUAGCAUGGGGCCUCAAGAAUAGCAAUUGCUACUUCCUGUGGGUAGUUAGAGAAUCCGAAGAGAAAAAGCUUCCCGGUAAUUUUCUAGAGGCAACAGCAAAGAAGGGUCUGGUUGUGACUUGGUCCCCUCAACUACAAGUUUUGGCUCACAAGGCUAUUGGAUGCUUCAUGACUCACUGUGGGUGGAACUCGACGCUUGAGGCAUUAAGCUUGGGAGUGCCUAUGGUUGCGAUGCCACAAUGGACAGAUCAACCAACUAAUGCCAAGUUCAUUGUGGAUGUUUGGAAGGUAGGGAUCAGGAUUAAAGUGGAUGAAAAAGGCAUUGUGACCAAAGAAGAAAUAGAGAUGUGUAUAAGGGAAGUAAUAGAGGGGGAGAGUGGGAAAGAGAUGAAAAGGAAUUCAAUGAGAUUGAAGGAAUUGGCUAUAGAGGCUGUAGACGAAGGUGGAAGCUCAGAUAAAAACAUAGAGGAAUUUUUAGCAAAACUUGCACUCUCCUAAUGUAAAUUUAAGCAAUAGCUCUACGUUCAAAUAAUGAUCUAGAAAAUGUAUGAUUU